CUGGUGAAAGAAGAGUACACACGGUUUUAGAGGCUGCUGAGCAUCAAAGACAACCUGGUGGGCGGGACUGAGGCAUUCUUCUUUUUCUUCACCUCCACAAAGAACCCGUGCAAGAAUCUCAACAAUUACUUCCAGAUGGCGUGGAAGGAGAUGGGGCUGCCGGGAACCCCCACUUUCACGGACCUCAGGAGCGCCAUUGCCACGCACGCAAGGAACUCCCACAGGGCGGACGCGCGGCUGAAAAUCUCCAAGUUCAUGUGCCACAACACAGCAACAGCCGACAAAUUCUACGCGGUUAAUCUCAACUGCUCUCAGGCCAUGGAUCACCGCCGCCUUUUCGAGGCGGCAUUGGAGGGACCAGACACCUCCCCACUAGGUGGUCAGCGAAAAGAGAAAGGCGGCGGGCAAAGGGCCUCGUUCUUCCAAGCGCAAACGCAGCUCUCCCUGCCGCUCCUCGAGUCCUGGGAGCACCACUACGGACGAGGAGGAGCCUGUUUACCAGGAGUCCGGCGUGUCGUCCCUAGACGAGGACGAGGACUUGGAGGGACCCCAGGACUCGGAGGAACCCCGGCCCACACCCAGGAGUAUGCUGCCGAAGAACAAGAGGGCCAUGGUGAUCCUCACACCGCUAAAGUUCCGUCCCCGGGCCAUCCUGACCUCCCGGUCGGCAGCACCGGGAGCAGCCGCCGUUCGCCCCACACCAAAUCGUCCAGCGGCAUCAAGGGUCCGUCUUACAGGCGUCGCAUCAUAAAAACUUUCACGCCGCUGGGCGUUGCCAAAGCCACGAAGGCUAAGGCAAAGGUCCAAAAGGCCUUAAAGACUCGAGCCCAAAAAAAAGCCAAGUAACGGUGGUUAUCGUUGUGUUUUGACAUUUGUUCAGAUGUUCAGUUGUUCCUGAUGUUGGCUUAAUUUUUGAUGUUCUCAUGUUCUGUUUUGAAAUUUGUUCAGAUGUUCAAUUGUUCCUGAUGUUUUCUUAAUUUUAUAUGUUCUCAUGUUCCGUUUUUAAAUUGUUCAGAUGUUCAAUUGUUCCUGAUGUUGCUUAAAUGUUCGAUGUUCUCAUGUUCCGUUUUUAAAUUGUUCAGAUGUUCAAUUGUUCUAUGAUGUUUCGUGUUCUUUUUUCAUUCGAUUCACUUGUAAAUAGUUUAAUUUGAAUCCACUUUAUUCUUUUAAAUUGCUGUUUGGUGACUUUUUGUUUUAAUAAAUGAUGGCCCGUUCAUUUGAACAUUC